AUGAAGGAAGCUUCGAGAAGGAGCGCUCUGGCAAUCUCGGAUCCUAAGGAAACUACUCACAUAGAAUUCUAUGAGGGACCCAUCAGGGUUGCUUUGGAGGAAACGAUAGCGGAGAAGCAGCCUGAAAUGGCUGAGGAGAAGAAGAAGAAGAAGAUCAAGGAGAAAAGGGCUGAAGGAGAUCAGGAAGCCCAUCCAAUCAAAAAGAAAGAAAGAAAAACGAGUGAAAAGAGGGAACGCAGGCGGGAGGAGAUGCGCCUAAAGAAGAAGGAGGAGAAGAGAAAGAGGGCUGAGAGCCCAAAAAUCGACAAAGAAUCCACCUCUGCAAGGGUGGAUAAGGGGGAGUCAGCACAACAAAAAGAAUCAAUGCAACCUGAGGAGGAAACAAUGCAAAUACAAACGGUUGCGAUUGAUGAUGGAGAAGAUUCAGACCUUCCCCAUGGAUCCUUUACCUUUGGUAGUUCGCCCUCCAAGCCCUCCUACAGAACCCCUCUCCCCACUCCCCGAACAUUUCACCAACCUUCUUCUUGCUCCUGCUUCACCUAA